CCCUGAGGCUGCCGGAGACAUUCUACAGUCUCCUUAUCCGGAUCCAAUACAUCAAAUAUUCCUUUAUCAGGGCUAACUCUAAGAAAAAUUUGGAUUUUUAUCUGAACACAACACGACCCCCCGGACCUUCUGAAAAGAUAACACUGGAGCCAAAUUCCUGCGCUAUUUGAUAAGUGGGGAGCUUACUCAUCCAUGGAUAAAAUCCCAAACAACAAAUUACAUCUUUAACGAGCGUAAGGCUUAAGGUUUGCUCUUCAGAAAGAAACCGAUUUCAAGAUCUAAAAUCUCAUUAUGAGCUAUACUCACGUGCCGCACACGGGCCCAAUGACCCACAAUGCAAUGUACCAGGACCUAGACUCCCUGGCCGAGCGACGCGGUGGUCAAGAGGCCCUGGUAGUGUACGACAUGAACAAGAAUAGGGAAAGUAUGACGUACCGACAGUUCAAAGACAGGUCGAUGUAUAUAGCAGCGUCUCUUCUUCAUCUUGGGGUGUCACGGGGUAACCACGUGUUGCUGAUUGGAGCCAGCGGUAUUCGUUACGCGGUCUUCCUCAUGGCGUUACACCGUAUUGGUGCACACGUUAUAUUAUUGGGUCCUGGUGGCCUGACGCAUGAUAAAGUUAGCCUAAUAAGCGGUCUGGAGCUGCGAGCUAUUGUCUUUGGGACUUUUAUGCAGGACUCACAGAUACAACAGCUACAGAAAGGGAUUGGCACUUUGGUUCAUAAUGCUGACAAAAUUCGAGCGUCCAAUCUUGAUUCUUUUAAAGUUGAUCGUAACAAGAAGAUUUCCCACAUGGCUAACGUUGGCGCAUUUCAUGCUACGAGUUACCCUAUUGUUAUAUCCCUCGGAGACAAGUAUCCAAUCUCAAACAUGUCCGUGCUUCGUUAUGAGACACUUUUGCAGCGAGGCCAGGAACACAGCUUGUUGUGCGAACUUAUGACAGCUCAAAAACGCGUACAAAUGGAUGACCCUCUUGUAUCACUUUUCACUUCCGGAAGCACAGGCCUCCCGAAGAUGGUCCAGCACACAGUUCACUCAUACGCAAAUACUAUUCACUCCUACCUUGAUUCUUUUGAGCCCCUUAAGAACCUGGGAACCUGUCUGAACCCUUUUCGGGAAAUCUGGUAUUGCGAUCGUCCUAUGGCUUGGGCAUGGGGGACAUUGAAUGUUUACCAGAUCUGCCUAGGUGUCACCGUGGUAUGGGUCCCCACCGAAAUGGCGCUAUCCGAAUCGACCAACGAGGCAGUUUUUGCGAUUCUCGAAAGCGAAAGUUGUACCAGGGGUCUGCUUAGCGUCGCUUUGAUCCAAAAGCUUUCGAAUAACCGGCUCCAUUUGAAGUACAACUUGUCUAGCCUACAGUAUGUCAUACUUGGUGGCCAGCUGUAUACAAAAGCAAUUACAGCGCGCCUCCUCGAUGCGUUACCUGACAUCACAGUGCGGAAUUCCUAUGGAUCUACAGAAGGGUGCCAGCAUGCUAUCACGACGUACACGAAGGACACCAUUUCCAUUUGUGAUUACGGCAAGAUGUCGGUGUUUCCGGGUGUCGAGGCGAAGGUAGUUGAUGAUGAAGGCAAGAUGGUAAAGAGAGGAGUGGCAGGAGAGAUGUGUGUCCGAAGUGCUUGGGUUUUCAGGGAGUAUCUCGGGAAUCCUGAGUCUACAAGACGCGCAAAGUCACUCACCGGCUGGUAUCACACGGGAGAUAUCUGUCAGAUGGAUAAGGAUGGGAGAAUUGAGGUUCUAGGCCGAAAAAAAGAUUUCCUUAAGCGUGCAACCGUAAAGAUUUUCCCGGCUGAAUUGGAAAGAGUCUUUCAAGAGCACCCUGAUGUUCUGGAUGUUGCAGUAGUCGGUGUUCCAGACCAGCGGUAUACUGAGGAGCUGUGCGCAUGCGUUAUUCUCAAGAGCGUGAAUGAUGACGACACGGGAGCAAGACUAAAGGCGCUGGAGGCCUGGUGUGAGCAGCAGUGGCCGCCAAGCGCUGAUGGUUUGAGUUUGAAGCCUAGAUACUUUGUACAAAUGGAAGCAUUUCCGUUAUUGAACUCCGGGAAAGAAGACAGACAAGGAAUACGUAGCAUAGUGAUGAGAAGACUCGGCAUGACGGAAGACUAAACAAAAAAGAUUCCAAGAAUUACACGUUGCUGCGUCAUUACGGAGUGUUGACAACUACGACGGACGGCAAGAUGGCCUUCGAAGAUUAUUAGGGACCUUAUGUAAGCAAGGACGACGACGACGGCUAGGACAACGCGAUCAGAAAAAAGAUGUUUUCGCGUGGCGACAUUAUAGUCAGAGACAGAUAAAAAUGAACUAAGGACAUUUUUUCUACACCAGCAAACGUAGUAAGUGGAGUUUACAGUGCAAACAUCCGCGUUUUCUACUGACCGUGAAACUUUUCACGUCGUGGUUUUACUGAAAAAGGCUGAAAUGUAUCAGACAGAACACAUUUCUACGUGCUGCUAUUGAACUCUGAAUCAAAUCCCAUUGUUUUCUGCCGUCGACGUCCGCGUUGCCGAAGGUCCCUAUUGAGUUGACAGCGCGAACCUCACCAUCCUCAUCGGACCGUGAAACUUGGUGUGUUUACGUAGAACUUCGAAAAGAUGAAGAGAGGAAAGGAAGGGAGGGAGAGGAAGGGCCGAUAGGAUGGGCAGUAUCUAAAGAGGGGGGAGGUCUGCGCAGGGCAGUAAUAACGAGUCCGCCAUGCUUACUCUUAGCUGCAGAUCGCUUUAGAUUUAGAAUAUGAGCCAUUAUUGAUCUUUUUUUUCAAUCGUGAUUUAUACAUACAAUAUUUGUACACUAUACAAAUUAUCCCUCUAUCCCAAAAGGGGUGAGGUAAAGAAAGAUAGUCAAUGGCUGAUUUACAAGAGCCGUUGUUCGGUCGAUUUUGUGUACGUCAUUUGGCAUCGGCCCGCGACGCUGUGCAAAACCAUUUCACGACUUUUUCUUUUCACAGGCCGAUUCGGAGGGCAGACAAAUCAAAAUCGUAUAUGAAAGAAAAGGCCCGACAAAUCGACACGCAAAAACUACCUAUAGUAACAUUUACACUAUACAAUAAAUUUGUAUACAAUAAACAGAAGCAUUUUUUCCCAUCAAUUGUAUUUUUUAAAAUCCCAAAAAGUGCAUUGUUUUAUUUCAACUUAUUAGCACUCUUUUUCGGCAUGGGUUAUCCGUCUUCUUGUGGUCUCCUAUGCAGUCGUUCUGACCUCUGUCACGCAAUGCACUGAAAGACUGCGUAAGUUGCUACGCAAGCAUCCUCGGGAAUCCAGGGCGUCGAGGUCACAUGCGCGAGAACGUAACGGAAAAAGAGCGGCGGAGUGAGAGGGGAUAGGGAGGGUGGGGUAGGGGGGGGGGAGCAGGAGAGAAGAGAAAGAAGCAAGAAGACUCAUCUCUUCUCUACCGUCCCCCCCACCCCUUCCACCGACGUCUCGUUAUCGCGACUCGUUACGCGGAGCUCGACGUCCUCGGUACCCCAACGCAAGCUAAGCAAUAAUAUCUUCCGUUCUCAGCUGUUUCGAAGUUCUAUCUUGUACUAUGACUUUUUAUAUGACAGAGCUAUCCUAUCCCGAGCUGUCGACUCAACUGGUACAACCCUACUUCUUUGAAACGCACACAGAAUAUUUCGAAAUUCAUCUCUGAAGUCUUUGCUCAUUGCAUUGUAAAUAAUAGGGUUGGUGCAGCUUGACAAACUGCUUGUGAAAAUCACCAAUAAACACACCUCUCUCGG